ACGCUGUCAGCUGCUUUGCUUAGAGAUUGAUUGUAAUGGGAGGGUUUCUCUGUAUAUUUCAUCAAUUCAAGAACUCUUUCCUCCUUCCAAGAAGACAUGAGUCAGAGAAAUAAUUGAUGUAAAGGGUCCUGAAGAUGAGGUGCUAGAAAAAUGAUAGGAGAGGAUUGGUGUGCAUCUGUGGGGUAGCCUGCUGAGUGCCAGGUUCAAGUUUGGAUAUAUACUAGAAAUUCACUUGGAGAUUUCUCUUAAUAAAGACAAAAAUCAGUGUUUGUUUAGCCAGAAGACUGAGAGAAGAUGAGUCAAACGAGACUUUUUUCUUUAAAGAUGAAUGAUGGACACUUCAUGCCUGUGCUGGGAUUGGGCACUUCUGCUCCUCCUCAGGUUGCCAAGAGUGAGGUAGAAGAGGCCGUCAAGAGAGCGAUCGAUGUAGGCUACCGUCAUAUUGACUCAGCAUAUGUUUACCAAAAUGAAGAGGAAAUUGGGAGGGCCAUCCAGAUGAAGAUUGCAGAUGGCACCAUGAAGAGGGGUGACUUAUUCUACACCACGAAGUUGUGGAGUACCUUUUUCCGUCCGGAAUUGGUCCAAACUGGGCUGGAAAACUCGCUGAGGAAAGUUCAGCUGAGCUACGUGGACCUUUGUCUUAUUCAUUUCCCAAUAGCCCUGAAGCCUGGGGAGGACUUUAUGCCAACGGACACACACGGAAAUAUCAUUUUUGACACAGUGGAUCUCUGUGCCACCUGGGAGGCCCUGGAGAAGUGCAAGGAUGUGGGACUGGCCAAGUCCAUCGGGGUGUCCAACUUUAACCGCAGGCAGCUGGAGAUGAUUCUGAACAAGCCGGGGCUCAAGUACAAGCCCGUCUGCAACCAGGUGGAAUGUCACCCUUACCUCAACCAGAGCAAACUGCUGGAGUUCUGCAAGUCCAAGGACAUUCUCUUUGUGGCAUUCGCUACCUUGGGGUCUGACUUGAGGAAGAAAUGGGUGAAAAAGGACAGGCCAGUACUCCUGCAGGAUCCGGUACUCAAUGCCAUUGCUGAAAAGCACAGGCGAACUCCAGCCCAGAUCGCCCUGCGCUACCACCUGCAGCGGGGAGCGGUGGCCCUGGCCAAGAGCUUCAAUGAGAGGAGGCUCCAGGAGAACUUCCAGGUUUUUGAAUUCCAGUUGACCCCCGAGGAUAUGCAAUGUCUGGAUGGCCUAAACAGAAACAUGCGCUACUUUGAAGAAGAUGUAUUUUUUCAUCACCCAAAUUACCCAUUUCGUGAUGAAUAUUAAUAGCAGUGUCUGUGGUUGCUCCUGAGUUCUUGGUUUGGGGUUGCUGACUGGAGGACCUCUCAAGGAGGAGAAGGCACCUGCUUCCUUCCAAGUCGCUUAGCCAGAUCAGUCCCUGGAGCAGGAAGUAAAAAUCUCUAAACCUAGUCUUUUUCCCCCAAAGUAAAUAAAGAUACAUUUCAA